GGAGCUCUCAGAGCAGCUGGUCCCUGUGAUGGAGGGGGGCUGUUAGCUUCGCCAGCAGCUGAGGAGCAACGAGGGUGGCCCAUGGACCUGCCAGAGAGCCCAACGGGUGGCCCCGCUACUCAAAUGUACCUCUGGGAACAGCCGGACGAGGGGCGCCUAGAGACACCGCUCAGCUUAGAGGAUCAAAUACUGAACUCUGUGUUCGAAGCUUGUGACCCCCAGAGGACAGGCUCUGUGGCUGUGACCCGAGUACUAGCCUAUCUGGAGGCCGUGACAGGACAGGGCCCCCAAGAUACACGCCUCCAAACACUGGCCUGCAGCCUGGACCCCAAUGGGGAGGGCCCUCAGGCCACUGUGGACUUGGACACCUUCCUGGUCGUCAUGCGAGACUGGAUCACUGCCUGUCAGCUGGAUGGAGGAUUAGAACUGGAAGAGGAGACUACCUUCGAGGGAGCCCUGACCUCCCAGCAGCUGCCAUCUGGAGGCCCAGACACGGAGGAGCCAGCCAACCUGGAGAGCUUCGGAGGCGAAGACCCCAGACCUGAGCUGCUGGGCACAGCUGACUUGCUGAGCAGCCUGGAGGACCUGGAGCUCAGUAACCGCAGGCUGGCUGGGGAGAACGCCAAACUGCAGCGCAGCGUGGAGACCGCUGAGGAGGGGUCUGCGCGCCUAGGGGAGGAGAUCGUGGCCCUGCGCAAGCAGCUCCGCAGCACCCAGCAGGCCCUGCAGCUUGCCAAGGCUGUGGAUGAGGAGCUGGAGGACCUGAAGAGUCUGGCCAAGAGCCUGGAGGAACAGAAUCGCAGUCUUCUGGCCCAGGCCCGGCAGACAGAAAAGGAACAGCAGCAUCUGGUGGCUGAAAUGGAGACUCUGCAGGAGGAGAAUGGAAGGCUACUGGCAGAGCGGGAUGGAGUGAAGAGGAGGACUGAGGAGCUGGCCAUGGAGAAGGAUGCUUUGAAGCGGCAGCUCUAUGAGUGUGAACGCCUCAUUUGCCAGCGGGACACCGACCUCUCCGAGCGCACGUGCCACGCGGAGAGUCUGGCCAAGACCUUGGAGGAGUACAGGACAACAACCCAGGAACUGAGGUUGGAAAUCUCACACCUGGAGGAGCAGCUGAGUCAGAUCCAUAAGGGGCCGGAUGAGCUACCCAAAGGGGCUCAGGCGAGAAGAGCGGACUGGACCAAGCUGCUGCCCCCAUCACUGGGCGUGGAGAUCCAGGCUAUUCAGCAGAAACAAGAAGAGGCGGCCACCCAUCUCUCCAGCCCUCUGUGCGGGGUGUGCCAGUGGGAGGAGGGCGCCAGUGAGAGCGAGGAGGAAGCUGAGUUUCUGCCUGAAGCCCCAGCUGAGGGACAGAGGAACUUCCAGGGAGAGCCAGCAUACCCGCAUGAAGGAAGGAAGGAGCGGUCAAUGUGGUUGCCCAGAAGAGAGGAAGAGGAGGAAGCAGAGAUCCACGGCACGGCUGAUCUCUCCAUCCUUCUGGGAGACCCUCACCCUGGAGACAUUCCAAGCAGCCCUCCUGAGAGCCCCUCCCAACCAGACCUACAGCACGCGCUGGUGCCUGUGGAGAGGAAGCUGGUUCCGGUUAGGAGGCCAGUCUGGAGCCACUUCUGCCUGUGCCCCCUGCACCCCCAACCCCAGCAGCUCAGGGUCAGGCGGCAUCCGCUGAUUCCCGCGCCUGUCCUGGGUCUCCUGCUGCUGCUGCUGCUCUCCGUCCUGCUGCUGGGCCAGCCCCCGCCCCCCACCUGGCCCCACCUCCAGCUCUGCCACCUGGGCCCUCCCCCAGUGUGAGCCAUGCUCCCCGCCCCUCAGAGCAACGUCUAGUUCGGUGAAUUCCUCGGACUCUUUUUACUGUUGUUCCUGUUGUUGUGCCACUGUUAUCAAGACCCCAGAUGCAGCUCAGUACUCCAGGAUCCACGCCCCGGAAUGGGGUCUUUAUGUGAAGUCUCUUGGUUUUGUGAUGGUUUUUACUACAUUUCUUGAUAAUGGCAAAACGCGCCCAAUAAUGGAGUAAGUGCUAGGGGUUUCUUGUCCUCACAAAACAAGCCUGGAGAACAGCACGAGGCCCACAGCUCCGUCUCCACAGCCUCCGGCUAGGGCGCUGAGUCUGUGACCCUCCUGGCCCCUCUCGUGCUCAGGGGAUGGUGGACACUGUGGCUUCAUACAUCGUCUCUGCAGAGAAGGCGAUGUGGCCCUUCUUUUUUAUAAAGAAAAGCAGUAGCCUUCCCAGAGCCAGCAGCAGACCUGUGUUUAUAUCCUGUUGGCCAGACUGUUUGGCAUCAUCACCCCGGGCUGCAAGGAGACCAAGCACCUCUCCUGGCAGAAAGAGGGAGAUGUGGGCCAGGCACACACCACAGAUGUCCGUCCGCUACAUGCAAACGGCCAGGAAGGGGGCCAGGCGUCAUUUGUUCACUCCACAAACACAGUGAUCGUCUAGUUGCCACAACUAGACCUUAAAAGAUGAAGCUUAGAGAAACGGGCCCUCCACUGUCAGGCUGGGAGCGUUCAUUUUCCCCAGGGAUGAUGGGAGGCUUGAGAGGUUUGUUGCUUGUUUUGGUUAUUGAUGUCUUAAUAGAGGUGUGACUUACAUACAGAUAAAUGGACAAAUCUUAAGUAUCAGCUGGGUGAGUUUUUGCAUAUGUAAGCAUUCCAAACUAAAACCCGACCUGGGUCAAGAUACAGACCAGUCUCAGCACCACAGAGGCUUCCAUGGGAGAGUUUUGAGCAAGGGUGGGACAGACUCACACCCCAGAAAGGCACCUGGCUCAGCCUGGAGGCUAGAGGUUUCUCCCCAGAUCCAUGACAUCUGUUCAGUUUGAAAGGUGGGUGAAGUUGGCUACAAUGAGCAGGGGCUGAGGAGGAUGCUGCAGGCAGAGGAAGUAAAUAUGUGUGAAAACGGGGUGGGAAAGAUCCCCUCCCUGUGUGGAGAGCCAUUGGCAGCACCGUGCUGCUGGGAUUAAAACUAAAAGAGCCCGGCCAGCGUGGCUCAGUGGUUGAGCGUCAACCUGUGAACCAGGAGGUCACGAUUCAAUGCCCGGUCUGGGCACGUGCCGGG